AUGCUUCGGUGGUUAAUCCUACUACUAGUUCUUCCGGCUAGUCUGACCGCGGAAGUUGUAUCUUUGUCAUCUCAAAACUUCGAACAGACUAUUCAAUCCAAUGAGCUCGUCUUUGUGAAUUUCUACGCCGAUUGGUGCCGCUUCUCGCAGAUGCUCAAACCAAUCUUCCUGGAAGCUUCAGAAAAAUUCAAAGAUGCCGCACCUGGAAAAAUUAUGUGGGCUUCUGUGGAUGCUGACAAGAACAAUGACAUUGCAACUAAAUAUCAUGUCAAUAAGUAUCCAACACUAAAAUUGUUCAGAAACGGGGAAGUUACAAAAAGAGAAUACAGAAGUUCUCGUUCUGUUGAAGCUCUCAGUGCUUACAUCAAUAAGCAAAUGGAAGUGACCGUACAAAAAUUCACAGAGAGAAAUGCUCUUCAAGCUGCUCACAAUCCAGAAAAAGGCACGUUCAUCGGAUAUUUCAAUGAUGAAAACAGCGUUGAAUACAAGAACCUUCUGAAAGUGGCACUUUUCUACCGCGAUGAAUGCGAGUUUAUUGUUGGAAUCGGAGAGCUAAACUUCCCGGGAGAAGCUCCUGGACUCGGUCAACAACCAAAACUUGUUUUCCAACCAUCCAACAAAGCAAUCAAUCCAUCCCAAGUACCAUUCUCUGGUGAUUUCGCUACUUACGAAUACCUUAAGCAGUGGGUAGCUGAUAAAUGUGUCCCACUUGUUCGUGAAAUCACAUUCCAAAACGCCGAGGAAUUGACAGAAGAAGGAUUGCCAUUCAUGAUUCUUUUCAAAAAAGCCGAUGAUGUUGUUAGCGAGAAGGUCUAUACGGAUGCCAUUUUGAGAGAAUUACCAGAUCAAAGAAAAGCAAUCAAUUGUUUGGUUGGAGACGGAACCAUUUUCAAGCAUCCCCUCAGUCAUUUGGGAAAGUCGGAAUCCGACCUUCCAGUCAUUGCUAUUGAUUCCUUCAGGCACAUGUACCUGUUCAAAAAUUUCGAAGAUAUCAACGUUCCUGGAAAGCUUCGUCAGUUUGUUCUCGAUUUACACAGUGGAAAGCUUCAUAGGGAAUUCCAUCAUGGACCCGAUCCAGUUACUGGAAAUCAAGCUCCGGACACUGAGCCACCACCAUCGACAUUCGAAAAGCUGAAGCCGCAAUCUUCAAGAUACACUAUUCUUGACAAGACUGAACUUUAA